AUGGAUGCGCCUGGCGAGACAAAGGCGAAUGGGGGUGCCGACAAGGGCCUCACAGAGAAUGACGCAACUACGCGCAGCCGAUCAUCCUCCGAUACGAAUCCCCACGAGCACGAUCGACGUCAUCAAAGUAGUGAAGAUGAAUCCGGCGGCAGUGAUGAUGGAGAUGAAGAUGAAGAUGAAGAUGCGGAAGAAACUGAAGACGAAGAUGAAGAGCCAAAGCUCAAAUACGCAUACCUCUCUAAGCAUUUAGGCUCGGUUUAUCGCAAUGGAGACGCGACCAGCACAUUCCUCGUUGCAGGAGACAAGAUGAUUGUGGGAACACACAACGGUGUCAUUCAUGUUCUUUUAUUACCCUUUCUGCGAUCUCUCCGAGUAUACCAGGCCCAUUCAGCCAGCGUUACUUCCAUAUCUAUAUCUCCAUUCCCGCCGCCUUUGCCGAAUUCAAAGUUUGAUGCACCAGCCAGACAAGCCGCGGACGAUUACCGCUCUCCGACACGGGCCUCCACGAGCUCGGGCAGUAUACGGGGUCAGCCAAGGCAACACCCACAAGCGACGGUCCCAGAUAUACCUUCCAAUUCAUUCUAUAUUGCUUCGGCGUCGAUUGACGGCAACGUGUGCAUAUCAUCGCUAGUGGAUCCAAAAGAUAUCCUCAAACGAAACUUUGGGCGACCUGUUCAGGCAGUCGCCCUCUCGCCGGACUACAAGAAUGACAGAACGUUUAUUUCCGGCGGCCGUGCAGGUGAAUUAAUUCUAACAACUGGUGGUCGUGUUGGCGUCAGUUCAAAUGCUACUACAAUGGGAGGGGCAACCGCGGCGGCAUCAAGUUGGCUAGGCUCAAUGGGACUGGGCAAUAAUAGCGGAAAAGAUACCAUCUUGCAUAGUGGCGAAGGUGCUAUUAGUACGGUCCGGUGGUCUUUAUCUGGCAAAUAUGUCACCUGGGCCAAUGAAGAGGGAAUCAAGAUCAUGCGCUCAAACUUGCACCUAGAAUCAACAGAGUCCGAGUUUGCGUGGAAACGGAUCAGCCAUAUAGAUCGACCAAAUGGGCCGGGGUGGGAAGAAAUGGCCAGCGUCUGGAAGGCACGUGCUGAAUGGAUUGAUCAGUCGGCUUUAGACGACCAUGAUAACCCCGACUCCAAGGAUGACACAACGCACCAAAAACCACCGCCUCCGGGACCAGCAGAGAAAGUUGAGAAGCUUGUCGUAGGCUGGGGAGGGACCGUGUGGGUUAUUGACGUUUACCCAGACCGGGCGAGCAAGCAUUCGAAGGGCGAGAAAUAUGGCUCUGCAGAGGUCACUACAAUCCUGCGAACAGAUUGUAUGAUAUCUGGAAUUUCCUUGUAUACGCCUCGUCUUCUGGUCAUCCUGGCAUAUAUUGAGCCGGAAGACGACCAGAAGAGUUCUGGCUCACGGAAUCGGCAGAAAGGCCAAGAGCCUGAAUUACGACUUAUCGAUUUGGAAACAAAAGAAGAGCUCAGCGCUGACACACUUUCCGUCAAUCGAUUUGAAGGCCUGGCUGCAUCGGACUAUCAUCUGAGCGUCUUGCCCCCAUGGAAAACCCCCGAAGGGCAGAUAGUUCAGCGUGGGGCCCUAGGUACUCUUGGUCACGGCCUAUUAGACGCAACGAUGUACUCUGCCCGACUGUUCAGCUCCGGUGCUAGCAUCCGCAGUACCACCAGCAGUGGUGACAGGGUUUCUGCAAGAGUUCCUCCUUCAUUCAGCUCCAGACACUUUCCAGUCGACGAGCUUCCCAAGGAAGCCCAGGACGUUGCAGCCGCUUCAGGCGCAAAGAUCUUUGUGCAUAGCCCAUACGACUGUGUUGUUGCUGUGAAGAGGGAUCUUUCUGAUCGGCUGGCUUGGCUCGAUUCCCGUGGGCAAUACGAAGAGGCAUGGAAGCUUCUAAAUGAACACCCCGAAGCUGCAGGCUCAGCCUCGGUCUUGAAAGAAGCAAUUGAAGGGUCCAACAAACCCCAAUCAACUCUAGGUGACUUUUUUGCGGACGACCGAUCAUCGAUAAUGACCGCUCGGAACCAAAUUUCCGCUGCGGACGAGGAAAAAGUUCGGCUUGGUGAAUUGUGGGUCGAGCAGCUUAUUCGCGAAGCAAAAUGGAGCGAAGCUGCUCAAGUCUGUAACAAAGUUUUGCACAGUGCAUCUCGGUGGGAACAUUGGGCUUGGGAGUUCUUCAAGAAUGAGAAAGUGGAUGAUAUUACCCCUUAUAUUCCCACGGACCUGCGCAACGCGCUAUCCACGGAGGUAUACGAAGUCAUCCUCAGCCACUAUGUCUGCCGAGACUUGACUCAAUUCAAGGAGUUGAUUGAGGGAUGGCCGUCUGAUUUGUUCGACUCCAACAAUGUGGCAUUGGCGAUCCAAGAUCGGCUCAAUUCCAUUUCAAUGCACGAAGAUUCUGAGGAAUGGAGGAUCUUGACGGACUGCCUUGCCAAAAUGUUUGUCGUGGGCGGCCACCAUCGGGAGGCCCUACAUUGCUACAUUAAACUACAGGAUGCCGAUGCUGCCAUGUCAUUGAUUAAAGAACAUCACUUGGUCGAUGCCGUGGCCGAUGAUGUUGUGCCGUUCAUCAUGAUUCGUAUAUCCAAGGCGCAGAUCAAAUCAGCACCGACAUCAGAAUUGGAAGAGCUAGCCGCUGAGCCAAUUCAAUUGCUUGCCAGGGAGGCUUACUCAGGGAUUGUCCCCCCAGAAACGGUGGUAAAGCAGCUGAAUGCCGCAAAUCGUGUUCUGUUCGUCUACAUCUAUCUCCGAGCUCUAUGGCGUGGUGAAUUCCUGCCACAGGAUACCUCGAAGCCUCCAAGAGGUCGCGGGGCCUACGCCAGAGACGCAGCGAGCAAGCUAGCUGCAGCCGAGGGAAAGGCUUUGAUCGAUCAAUUUGCCGAUACAGCCGUGGAAGUAUUCGCCGACUAUGACCGACCUCUGCUGAUGGAGUUCUUGCAAACGAGCAUCUCCUACACCUUCGAGACCGCAACCUCAAUCUGCGAACAACGUCACUUCACACCGGAAUUAAUCUACCUCUUGUCCAAGAUGGGCCAAACGAAGCGAGCCUUGAACCUCAUUCUGUCAGAUCUUAAGGACGUAUCUCAGGCCAUCUCAUUCGCCAAGUCGCAAGACGAUCCGGAUCUUUGGGAAGACCUUCUUGACUACUCAAUGGACAAACCAAAGUUCAUCCAUGGGCUCCUCGUGGAAGCCGGAACAUCCAUAGAUCCCAUCAAACUCGUGCGUCGAAUCCCCAGCGGUCUAGAGAUCGAAGGCCUACGAGACGGCCUCACACGCCUGAUCCGCGAGCACGAUCUACAGGCGAGUAUCAGCCAAGGCGCCGCACGCGUCAUGCAGGGCGAAGUCAACCUGGGACUAGACACACUACGCAAGGGACAACGUCGCGGAAUCGCAUUCAACAUAACCGAGGACAAUGCAGCGGAUGCGAAGCACGCGGAUCCAUCCUCGAUCUCCGCACCGAAGAACCAGAAUCCUGAAACCGCAUCCCUGUCUACCGUUUCCACGAAGCCCGCUGCAUCUAAACGAGGAAUAUGCGGCGGAUGCCAAGCCCCGUUCAGUACGAACGAACGAGAAAUCCUCGUCGGCUUUGCUUGUGGCCACGUUUUCCAUCUGUCCCACCUGCACGAGGAAGGCUCACAGCAAUACUCGAGCACCAGCAGCGUGGUAGAUCGUACUCCCCGUCCCUCGUCUCCGUCCGAGGAGCUGUCGUCAACGGCUUCCCGCACCGUGGGCCCCAAGGUGACAACCGCGCGACUGUUGCGAGACAAGAUUGGAGACGGAUGCCGGAUUUGCGCAUUAACACGGAAGAUCGAAUCUCUCGGCAACGAAGGCGAAGAGGUAUGA